AUUAAACUACCAUAUGUUGACAUUAAGAUGAUUAGAAAACAUAUACAUUAUCCUUACAUCCGAGAUAAUAUUUGACGUUGGUUUAUUCAAGAUUAUUUCUGUACAUUCUGGUGCAUCAGCUAUAUCAGGGAAUCUACCCAGAAGAAAGUCUGAUCUGAGCACGGCAGCACAGUUGGUUUAAAGGUAUAAUAAUGACGCAGAUGAAAUAAGUCAUGUCCUGGAAAAGAAGAUAUUUUUGCUUUAUUCUCAGGACUAAUAUGUUACUAAGAAAGAGAAAUAAUCGAUAUAGAUGUUUCGUAAUAAUUAUUGUGAUCGUGUUAGUGAAUCUCGUGUUCAUAUUUCCACCUGCACUUUUAUUACACACGCCACUCGUCAGCAGCAAUGGAACACUUAUCUCACAGACACAAUCCAAUAUGGUGGACAAGGGAAAUCACUCUUUAAUCACUUCCCUCCCGCAUGCAGAAGUACGCCAUAUUGUUUUUUUAAAAGUUCACAAAGCAGCGGGAACGACUGUGAUGAAUAUAAUAAUGAGGUUUGCUAUCAGUAGGAAUUUAUCCAUUAUGUUACCUCGUACUGGAAACAUGUUUAGUCAGUAUAACCAACUUAUUUCACGAAAGGCUCUGCCGUCAUUUCAUGAGGAUAAACGAAUGUUUGACGUAUUCUGCAAUCACGUGAUAUUCAAUAAAGAAAUCAUGGCGCCGUUCUUUCCAAUAGACACAGUUUAUAUAGGAAUAGUUCGACAACCAUUCGAUCAGUUUGUAUCAGCGUUUGUAUAUUACAGGAAUUUAUAUCAGGUAAAAUACUUGGUUAAAAUCCCGGGUGAUAAUCCAAUCAAAACCUAUCUUAGUGAUCCCGUUUUAUACGAAGCGAAAAAGCUGCCACAUUCGUUUACAAAUAACAGAAUGGCGUUUGAUUUUGGUUAUCCAGGAGUGGAUUUUAACAAUAUGACCAAAUUCCGAGAAUUUUUACAAAAACUUGACAAAGAUAUUAAUUUUGUGAUGGUCGUUGAACUCUUCGACGAGUCUUUGAUUCUUAUGAUGAAGCUCCUAAAAUGGCACAUAAAGGACAUUAUUUACAUUAAACGAAAUUCAUUUAAAAAAUCGCACAAUUUAACAUUUAGUCUUUCAGAAAAAAUAAUUCAUAGACGAUGGGCCAAGUUAGAUUAUGCCUUAUACAAUCAUUUUAAAACUAUUUUAAUUACAAAAAUCAAAUCAGCCGGUCCAAAGUUUAUACAUGAGGUUCGCAAUUUUCGGACAAUUCGUACAAAAGUUGAAACAUUUUGUAAACAGUAUUACGGAAGUGGAAUGUUAAUGAUUGAGGAAAGCGAAUUUCAUUCUCCAUUUUUUGUUCGUCGGGAAGAUUGCAAGUUUCUAAAACUGAAUGCCUUCGAUAUCAUCAAUAUAGCUCGCCAAAAGCACACAGCGAGACUUGAUGAGUUAGGGAUCACUUAUUGUCCACAAAACAAGACAACCGCUGAAUGUAGAAAAUAUCCUCAUCUGUGAAACAUUAUAAUUCAUGUGUGCUUGUGCAAUAAAGUUUAAUAUGACAACAA